AUGUCCAUCUUACCUCAGCACCACCACAUCAUCCACCAUGCUGCUGCCGUAGGCCGCCAACAGCACCACCAUCGCAACCACCGUGUCUAUUGCACUUCAACAACUCGAGUAAAGACUAGGCCGAAACUCGAACCACUUGUCAUCAACACAACACCACUCGUUACAGUUACUCCACCCAAAAUCGAUGACCCAAGCCUUAAAUCGACUUGGGCUCACCGUGCAUGGGUGGCCACUGGUUGCACAACAGUACUCAUUUCUCUAGCCAAUUCCAUCAUCGGAUCAAUCGACUCACACAUAUGGCUCGAACCCAUCUUAUCUGGAUUCAUCGGAUACUUGUUCGCAGACCUUGGAUCCGGUGUAUACCAUUGGGGGCAUUGA